UUCCGGUGCAGAGUUCAUAUGUGAGGUCAUAGUGUCCUUCCACACGUGUUUCGAGCACAUUCUGUGGGUUCUGGUUGCUGGUGAGGAGUGAAGUGAAGAGAAGUGCAGCCAUGCUGAAAUCUUUAACACGCGCUGUUAGCAUCGCGGCUCGCUUGAGCACGAACAAGGCCCCGAGUGGGUCUGUGUGCCGCGCCGCCGGGCCGCUCUUCACCUCCGCGCUGUGCGCUCCGACCUCGGCUACGACGCGGCCGUUCACCCGCUCGCUAUGGAUGAUGUGCAACAACAGUGCGGCGUCCGACCGCAGAGGCAAACUGCUCGUUUCCAAACACACACUCCCGUCCUGCGGCUGUGGAGGCCUUCAUACAGAAGGUAAAGUCGGAGGUGACAAAGCAUUUGCAGAAUUUCUCUCAGAUGAAAUCAAAGAGGAGAAGAAGAUCCAGAAAAACAAGACGCUUCCUAAAAUGUCUGGAGGAUGGGAGCUCGAGCUGAAUGGCACUGAAGCAAAACUUUCUCGCUCCCUCUCUGGAGAGAAAGUGACGAUCACCUUCAACAUUAACAAUAGCAUUCCCCCAAACCUGGAGGAAGAGCCAGAGCAGGCUGAGGACAAUGAGCCAGACGUCGUAUCCACACCUAACUUUGUCGUUGAGGUGACUAAACAGGGGGCAAAGAAUUCCUUGGUGUUUGAUUGCCAUUUUCCAGAGGAUGAGAUUGGCCAUGGUGAGGAAGAGGACGAGAGCAAUAUUUUCACCAUCCGUGAAGUCAGUUUCCAGCCUGAAGGAGAGGAGGACUGGAAGGAGACGAGCUACACCCUCAACACAGACUCUCUGGACUGGGCUCUUUAUGAUCAUUUAAUGGACUUCUUGGCUGAUCGUGGUGUUGACAACACCUUUGCAGAUGAGCUGAUUGAGCUGAGCACAGCACUAGAGCAUCGGGAGUACAUCAAGUUCCUGGAGGAUCUCAGCGGUUUCGUCAAAUGCCACUGAUCAGAUUGUGUGCGGUUGUUGUCUUCUGUGCAGAUAAUAGGAAAUGCUAACAAUAAAAGACGUAGUACGAAACUUUUAUACUUUUUUUUUUGUAUUUUGAAUAAAUUAAGUGUAGUAUAUGGUCUUUGAAUGUACAUGUUGAGCUGUUAAUUUAUGGAACUUGAUGUAUGGAACUUAAGGUUGGAAACACUUUUAGAAACCUUUAAUCUAGCACUGGGCUUAAUUUGUGGUGGGGAUGUGUCAAACUAUAUUUGCAGGGAAAAUAAUUGUGCAAAGUUCCUCACGAUUUGGAAAUGCUCAUCAAAGGAAACAUCCUUCCAUCAAUAGUGUCCUCAAAAAUAAAAUUCACACACCUGAGUAUGAA